GUAUUAAUCAAACUUUCUUAUCUUUGAAUGAAAUUUGAACUAGUGUUAUACUUGGACAUCCACCAUUCUUCUCUCUCCUCGCCGGAAACUCACUUCUACGCGGCGACCCGUCCAGAAGCUCAAGUUCAAGUUGGCAGAUUAGAUCCUAAUUCCCAAAUGAGGAUGAAAGACAUGGAAAUGUGAACAUCUGUAAUGUGUUAUAAAUUAGACUUUCCAACUGAUAGAUCAGAAUGUCAUACAACUGCUACUGUGUAAAGCCUGUGCCGGCAGCUUCUCUUCCAUUGUCCAGAUUUUCUAUUCCCCAAAACCUAUCUCUUUCACCAACGACAACCAGAAGGAAUUGCGUCAUCAGAUUCAGCCCUGACAAGUCCUUGCACUUAGUCAGAUGUUGCUCCACAGAUGCCUUUGUUGUUGUGAAUGAUAACAAGUAUGGGAACAAACAAGUUGUUAGUUUGACUCCAAGGCUCUAUGAUUAUGUCCUGAGCAAUGUCCAAGAGCCAGAGGUGUUAAAAGAAUUACGGGAAGAGACUGCUACAAUGCAUGGCAGCCAAAUGCAGGUCUCUCCUGAUCAAGCUCAGCUCCUUGCUAUGCUUGUCCAGAUUCUUGGGGCAAGAAGGUGCAUUGAGGUUGGAGUUUACACCGGUUACUCAUCUUUGGCUGUUGCUCUGGCCCUUCCAGAAUCUGGUUGUUUAGUCGCCUGUGAGAGAGAUGAAAAGGUUCUAAAAGUUGCUAGAAGGUUCUAUGAGCGGGCUGGGGUUCUUCAUAAGGUGCAGAUCAAACAUGGGCUUGCCAUAGAUACUUUAAAUGCCAUGCUGUUGAACGGAGAAGCUGGCAGCUACGAUUUUGCAUUUGUCGAUGCAGAGAAGAAAAUGUAUACGACAUACUUCGAGCUGUUGCUGAAGCUUGUGAGGGUUGGGGGUGUAAUUGUGAUCGAUAAUGUACUUUGGCAUGGUAAAGUGGCUGAUCCCUUGGUAAAUGACUCCAAAACUGCUAGUCUCAGGAAUUUCAAUAAUGCUUUAUUUGAGGAUGAACGUGUAAGCAUCAGUUUAGUACCAAUUGGUGAUGGCAUGACAAUUUGCAGAAAAAGAUGAUAAUUUUUCCAACAUAUUUACUUAUAGUCUAUAUAUGCUCAUAAUGUUUAAUCAAUCAAUUACGAGUA